AAUAAGAUUUUAAUUAUGUGGCUAUAAAAGUGUGCUGCAGUGAAAUUUAUACAAAACGGAGAGGGACUAUCUGUGCCCUUUGAAUUACUGAAAAGGACCCACAUAGUUUUAAGGCGAUGGCGUGUUUUGACGAACACCGAAGAGAUGCCUAUGUGAUAAUUAUAUUUUUUUUAUUUACUAACUUAUUUGCGAAAGGAUUCAGUAAAGAAUGGGUUGAAAUUGGAAGAAACUCGACUUUUGAAUGUACAACUGACCAAGAGCCUGCAACAUGGACGUUUAAUAAUCUAACCAACCAUAAGUUUGAUAACAGAUUUACAAAAACAGCUGAUAUUACAAGUGCGGAUGAAAAUGGCAAUUUGGACACUAUAAAAACGUAUAAAAAUAUUCUUCACAUACGUGCAGUGAACAUUUCGGAUAGUGGAAACUAUAUAUGUAAAAAUCCUCAGACUAAUGCAACCGUUGAAUACAAUUUGCAGCCAUAUCUUCAACCAAAAAUUGUUGAGAGCACCGUCGAAAACAUAAAGCGAAAGAUCAAACAAAGUGCCAUUAUAUAUUGUGUAUUUGAUAUUUAUCCACAAAACAUUACCACAAAAAAGCAGCUCAAAUGGCUUAAAGAUGGAAGCGCUUUUGCUUUCCUCGACACAUUUUCCACCAUACAUCGCUUGAGCGAUACGCAAGUGAACUUCACAUUAGAAUUCACCGAGGUGUAUAAAAAGGAGAAUGGCACAUAUAAAUGUGUUUUUUAUGGGGAAAAUGAGGCUGAGAUUAUUUCGAAAGAAAUCGCAUUACUUGUAAUGGAAGUGCCACAAAUUAGCAUUGAUUAUGUUAAAGCUGUUGGUGCUAGCAAAAUAUUCCUAAAUUGGACGGUCAACGAUGGCAACGAUCCCAUACAAAAAUACUUCAUACAGUAUUCGCAAGAAGGCUCGCCGACAUUCACCUAUUAUAAGGAAGUAAUCAGCGGUAAUAGCACAUCCAGCGUCCUGGAUGCGUUCAGCCCAAAUACAACCUAUAAUCUACGUAUUACGGGAAAGAACUCAAUCGGUGAUGGCAUCCCAAAUCAGUAUCCAUUCAGUGUGACGACUUUAGAUCAUGAUCCAAUUUUUAUACCCAAAGUGGAAACAACGGGCAGCACGGCAUCGACAAUUACGAUUGGCUGGAGUCCACCAUCGCACGAUUUAAUUGAAUAUAUUCAAUACUAUGAAUUGACCGUUUCCGAAUCGGGCGACGUGCCGAAAUUAAUCGAGAAAGCGAUUUACCAACAGAACUCAAGAAAUCUACCCUAUAUGUUUGAUAAACUGAAGACAGCCACUGACUAUGAAUUUCAAGUGCGGGCAUGCAGUGAUCUAACCAAGACCUGCGGUCCAUGGUCUGAAGUUGUUAAUGGCACAACAAUGGACGGUGUCUCAACGAAACCGACCAAUUUGAAAAUUCAUUGCAAUCAACAGAACAUUUCCCGUCUCAAUUCCAUAUCAAUUGGCUGGAACGUACCCCAAACACCAAAUGGCAAAAUAAUUUCAUAUCUAAUUAUCUUGGAGGGGAACUAUACGUAUACCCACGAGGGCACUGUGUUCAGCGAGAAGUGGGGCCCCAAAAUACGUCGCGUGGAUGAGCCCAGUCAUAAGACGGUCUAUGAAGGCGUUAGUCCAAAUACAAAUUAUACUGUUACCGUUUCCGCCAUUACGAGGCAUAAGAAAAAUGGUGAGGCAGCGGUAACAAAUUGUUUUAUGCCGAUAUCAACGCCUGAAACAAUUGGAAAGACAAUGUGGACAAAGGUUAAGAAUGGCCCAAAAUAUGUCUUAAAAUUAUAUUUACCCAAGAUAAGUGAAAGAAAUGGACCCAUUUGUUGCUCUCGACUCUAUCUUGUCAAAAUAUUGAACGGAAAUAGCGAACUCCCAACUCCGGAUAAACUAAAUAUUGCUACUUAUGCUGAAUUGCAUGACAACAGUAAUAACAAUAAUAAUAACAGUAACAAAUCUAAUAGCUAUGCAUAUUUAGCUGAAAUGCUUAGCAAUCGAUAUUUUAAAUCGGAAAUAUUUUUGGGAGACGAAACCCGAUUUCUUAAUAAACAAGAAGAACUCAUCGACAAUGAUAACAUUUGUCGCAAAUGCUUGGACGGUGCACCAUUCUUACGGAAAGUGGAAAGUGCCUUAAAAACAGAAUCCGUCCAGAAUCCAGCACAGAUUCAAAAAGAACAACUACUUAAAGAUGCAAAUUUGACAGAGCAUGCACUGAAAGUUUUGGGAAGUAAAAUGAGAAUAAGACGAAAUCCUACAGUUGCCAUGGGGAGGGAAGACACAAACAUGUCCAAUUCAAAUAACAUCGGAACUAUUUAUGAUGGAGAAAUAGAUAUUGAUGCAAACUACACCGGUUUCCUUGAGAUAAUUGUUCGAUCCGGAAAUACGGUACGCAUGGCAUAUAGCGACUACUUCGAUGUGAUUACGCCUGCGACUGAAGCAGAGCAAAUUCAUUCCCUAGAUGAUUCCAAGUUUUACACGAAUAUCGGCAUUAAAGCUGUUGCUAUUUCGUUUGGCUUUAUUAUAAUAUUUUUAAUAUUUUGGAUUAUCCAUCAUCAGAAGACAAAGAACGCGAUGCCUGACGAAGAUACGCUGACCUUGAGAGAUUCGUUAAGAGCCCUUUUUGGACGUCGAAUCAAUAAUCAUAGCCAGUUUAUCGGGUCUGGCAAUCAGAAAGGCUUUGAUACAGGACCUAUUCAUAAAUCAGAUUUAGUUACUGCGUACAAGAAUCGACAUAAGGAUACGGAUUAUGGUUUCCUUCGAGAAUAUGAAAUGCUUCCAAAUCGCUUUACUGAUCGAACAACGAAAAAUAGCGACAUGAAGGAAAAUGCUUGCAAGAAUAGAUAUCCCGAUAUAAAAGCAUACGAUCAAACUAGAGUUAAAUUAUCGCCAACCAACGGAAAUCAAUGUACUGAUUAUAUAAAUGCCAAUUUUGUCAUUGGAUAUAAGGAACGAAAGAAAUUUAUAUGCGCUCAGGGUCCAAUGGAAACCACAAUCAACGAUUUUUGGCGAAUGAUAUGGGAACAGCAUUUAGAGAUCAUAGUUAUGCUUACAAAUCUAGAGGAAUAUAACAAAUCCAAAUGCGCGAAAUAUUGGCCAGAAAAGGUUUUCGACUCCAAACAGUUUGGCGAAAUAACCGUCAAUUUUACAGCUGAACGUAAAACUGGUGACUACAUUAUACGGUCAUUAGAUGUCACAAAAUCAAAUUUAAUCGGUGACGAGGAAGAUCAUAGGCAAAUAACUCAGUACCACUAUCUAACUUGGAAGGAUUUCAUGGCACCAGAGCAUCCGCAUGGCAUCAUCAAGUUUAUACGCCAAAUAAAUUCAGUUUACUCGGUGCAAAGGGGACCGAUUUUGGUGCACUGCAGCGCAGGUGUUGGCAGAACUGGUACCCUUGUGGCAUUGGACUCUCUUGUACAACAGUUGGAGGAAGAAAAUAUGGUAUCCAUUUUUAAUACCGUGUGUGAUUUACGCCAUCAGCGCAAUUUUUUGGUCCAAUCGCUGAAACAAUACAUUUUUCUAUACCGCGCAUUGUUGGACACUGCCACAUAUGGAAAUACGGAUAUACUCUUAAAUUUAUUGCCAUCAACCAUCGAGUCCUUAAAAUUUAAGCCCAAUGAAGGAAAAAGCUUGCUGGAAACAGAAUUUGAGAAAUUAAUUAACACAACGGAUGAGAUAAAUAAGUCUUGCAGCGUUGGCGAAGUUGAAGAGAAUACUUCGAAGAACAGGUGCCAUGAUGUUAUUCCAUACGAUCGUAAUAGAGUUAUUUUAAGCCCAAUUCCAAUGAAAGAUAAUUCGACAUACAUAAAUGCUUCGUUUAUUGAAGGAUAUGAUAAUACUGAAUCAUUUAUAAUUGCACAAGAUCCUUUGGAAAAUACAAUUGGAGAUUUUUGGAGAAUGAUUUCGGAGCAAAGUGUUUCUACACUAAUUAUGAUAUCUGAAAUUGGAGACGGUCCCAGGAAAUGUCCACGUUAUUGGGCCGAUGAUGAGAUUCAAUAUGAUCAAAUACUCGUAAAAUACGUACACAGUGAAAGUUGCCCGUAUUAUACUCGGCGAGAGUUCUAUGUAACGAAUUGCAAAAUAGACGAUACCCUUAAGGUGACUCAAUUCCAAUAUAAUGGUUGGCCCACUGUCGAUGGAGAAGUUCCUGAAGUGUGUCGGGGCAUAAUCGAGCUGGUUGACCAAGCUCACAAGCAUUAUAAAAAUCACAAAAAUAUUGGUUGCCGAUCUCCCCUCACAGUUCACUGCAGCUUGGGCACUGAUCGAAGUUCAAUUUUUGUUGCCAUGUGCAUUUUGGUUCAGCAUCUCAGACUGGAGAAGAGUGUAGAUAUAUGUUCAACAACAAGAAAAUUGCGAUCUCAACGACCAGGACUUUUAAAUUCAUUCGCACAAUACGAGUUCCUACAUCGCGCCAUAAUAAACUAUUCAGAUCUACACAAAUUAUCGGAAAAUAUUGAGGAUUAAACGAUAAAAUUGAUGUACUCAUAAGAAGUGUAGAUGUCUUUACACAUACAAUAUAUACAUAGAUAUUAUAAUAAUGUACAUUUCAAGAAACUUCAUAUAGUAUGUAUUUGAGUGCGGCGAAUGUAUACAUUUUUUUACCAAUUUAUUUUUAACCUUAUACAAUUACAUGUAUGAAUACAUAUAUUUGUAUGUCUGUAUGUGCGUAUUUAUACUGAUAAAGCUACCAAAGGAAGAAUAUUAAUUUAUUUUAUAAGAUUUCGUGUAAAUUAAUAAUAAAUAAAAUAUGUAUCUUUUACAUGUAAGAAAACCAGCACAACAGCUUAGAGCUACAAGCGAAACAAAUAUCAACUAUCAACUAACAGAAGAUCCACCAAAUCUUUAUUUCCAGGACUGCAUAAGGUCCCAACUAUAUUUAUAUAUAUUUUCAGAGCUAAAACCGAUGUAAUACACCUAAGCGGCAACCCAAAAUAAACAAUUCAAAAGAAGCCGACUGUUUUCAGCAUAAUAAA